AAAUGGAAUGGAAAUGUGCCAUUUAUGAUUGUAAAUCAGAAAGUGUUUGAUUGCCAGCAUGGAGUUGAUAGAAAUUUGAAAAGAACGGGGAAAAAGAAAGCUUAGCAGUACAUUCAAUCUAAGGAAGACCAUCAUUAUCAAACUAAAAAGACAUUUCUACAGACAACAAAGAAAUUCAAUUGUCCAGCCACUGUCAAAAUGAAAGAAAUCAUAGAGUUUCCAAGUCACAAGGUUUGCGACAAUACAGAAUGGAAAAGAUCCCAAAAAGCUAAAGCUUUGAAAACAGACUUGCAAAGCAAAACACCUACAGAGUUCAAGCGGAGGUUUCAACUCGUGAUACCUGAUGUAUCAGUGCACAGCGGCCAUUCUAUUGGAGAAAAUGCUGGAAUAUCACAAGAAAUUGAACCCUACCUUGUCCAAAAGAUCGUCAUGUUAGUAAAGCAGGGUGUAACAACUGUCAAUGAAAUGCGACGCCAGUUGUUUGCCAAUGCAGACCUUCCCUCGACUACAAAUCGAAGAUACUACCCAAACACCCGAAUAAUUCGAUCACAUAUGGUCCAUGCCAAACGAAAACAGCGCUAUUCCAUGAUAGACCAAGAAUGUCUUGUCGAGAAAAUAAAGAUUUGGAAAGAAGAGCAGACAAACAGUAAAAUAUUUUUCCGUCCGACAGCCACCGAGUCAAACGAUGACAUGCAUGAAAACCCAAACGAUGAUAUGUGUGUAGAUGAUGAUGAUGCAGAAAUAAAGCUGCUAAGCAAAAAUGGUGGACACUUUCUUUUCAUUUAUCAAUCUGCAGAACAGAGAAGGUUGCUUUCGCGCUAUGGAAACGAAAUCUCUUUUCUAGAUGCAACAUAUCGAGCAACAAGAUACACGCUGCCGUUGUUCUUCUUAGUGGUGAAAACGAACGUCAAUUAA